GACGAAUUGCAACUCCGCUAAUGGCUCGAGAGCUACAUAGCUUGGUUGAGCACACACAUAUAUCACUCAGAGAGCAGCUAUGCCGGCGCCCCUUCUCAUCACAGCGGAUCAGGUCAAUUGCCUGAUACAUGCUUAUUUUUUGGAUUCUGGCUUUCAGCACUCUGCUUUCGCCGUACGAAUGGAAGGUCGUCUCGACCAGUCGCCUCACAUCAAGAAGCACAUUCCACGCGGUGAACUCAUCGAACUUCUGAGCAAAGCGCUCCUCUACUCCGAGGUCGAGGCCCAUUGGAAGGGCGACGAGUUGUCUACAAAUUGUUCAGCUCCGUUUUCACUCCUAGACCCUCACGCAUGUUCGCUCCAGCCUCUUUCUACAAACGACGUACGUGAAACUAGUGCCGCUAAGGUGAAUGGCGAUACUACCGGUAAAAGGAAGGCAACCACCCCCUCUGAAGAUGCCCGCGCCGAGAAGAGAGCAAGGAAGGAGCAAGACGAGAAGGACGCGCAAAUGAACGUCGACAGCGCACCCGCCGCAAAGCCAAAACCGAAGGACGUCAAGUCAGACGCAUCUCAAGUCGUACCAGAACCUCCCGUUAAGAGGCUUAAACACAAACCUAGUGUUGUCGGAGCACGUCCUGGUGCCGUCCGGUUCUUACAGGCCCACAAGACCGAAGUUUUUGUUGUCGCAUGGAAUCCUUCUACAAAAGGCCAGCUAGUCUCUGGGUCGCGUGAUGCUGUUGUGAAUUAUUGGGCCGUGCCCGAUGGACCAAACAAUGAUCAUACAGCCCUCAUACAACCAACUCUAACUUUGUCAGACCUAACUUUAACUUCGCAGGCUGAUUUGACAUCAUUGAACUGGAAUCAUGAUGGCUCACUCGUAGCUGUUGGCUCCUAUGAUUCCAUCCUAAGAGUUUACACCGCAAAUGGAGAAACGUACUUCUCUAACGGUCACCACCAGGGUCCCGUAUUCGCUGCAAAAUUUUCACCCUCUGGCCAAUGGAUCCUGACCGCCAGUCUAGACUGCACCUCAUGUGUAUGGGAUGUCAAGCGUAAGAGAGUAUAUCAACAGUAUCGUAAUCACGGAGACGCAUGCUGCUUGGAUAUCGAGUGGCUGGACGAUUGUACUUUCGCAAGUUGCGGCGCAGACAAAGUCAUUCAUAUCUUAUCCUUGACAACGGCAAUUACCGAUCCAUUGCAUACUCUUGAGGGCCAUGCAGGGGAAAUCAACUCUAUCAAGUGCAAUCCUUCUCGAACCCGGCUAGCAUCGUGUGCGGACGACGGUACCGCGCGUAUAUGGAACAUCGAAAACAUACAUUCCGAGAAAGCUUUACCAGACCCUGUAGUACUCAAUGGUCACCAACAAUGUCUCACCUCCAUAGAGUGGUGUCCUGUCACUGGACCUGAUGAUCAUGAACUGGUUGCAACAGCCUCGUUUGAUGCCACCGCCCGACUGUGGGAUACUGUCACAGGAGAUUGUACCAAGGUCUUCGCGGACCACACCAAACAUGUCUACGCCGUUACCUUCAGCCCCGAUGGGCGUCACCUCGUCACUGGCGGAGGUGAUGGCUCGUUGAUUAUAUACGAAGUCAAGUCAAAGGAGAAGAAAUGGUCGUGGUACACAGGCGAGAAGUCUGGGAUAUUCGAGAUUGACUGGCGAAGUUGGGGGAAUUCCAGCUUGAUUGCGUUGGCUCUGGAACGUCAGAUGGUGGCUAUUGUUGAUCCUGGCAAGGUGCCUGCGCUUUACACUUGAUUCCUACCUGGACUGUAUUACAUUAUCAUUAUUGCGCUAUGUACCGCUUGCUAAUCGGUUUGCUUUGCUCUUGAUUGGAGCCGCCGUGGUGACGUAGUUCGCACGAAGCCGCCGGCAAGCGUUCCGUUAUAAUGGCUGCGACGGUGCAUAGAUUUCUUCAGCGA